AUGAGCAAGGAGCUUUCAUUCGCCGGGGCGAAGCGUGCAGCCAAGAUCCCCUGGGUGGAAAAAUACCGUCCGAAAAAGGUCGACGAUGUGGCGCACCAGGAGGAGGUGGUGCGAGCGCUCAAGAAAUCUCUGGACACAGGCAACCUGCCCCAUCUGCUCCUCUACGGCCCGCCCGGCACAGGUAAGACCUCUACCGCCCUUGCCAUCGGCCACGAACUCUAUGGGCCUGAAUUGUUCAAGACGCGUGUGAUGGAACUCAACGCAUCUGACGAGCGAGGCAUCAACGUCAUCCGUUCCAAAGUCAAGUCCUUCUCGCAGGUGGCCACCGCUGCAGCUUCUUACAACGGCAGACAGAUCAUCGAUCCGCUGGCCUCGCGUUGCGCCAAGUUCCGAUUCCGACCGCUCGAGGGCGACACCAUGGGUGACAAGCUGGUUGCGAUCUGCUCACAGGAGAACCUCCACAUCACUGAAGAGGCACUCAGAACGGUGGUGAGCAUAUCGGGCGGUGAUUUGCGUAAGGCGAUCACGACCCUGCAGUCUGUAAGCAGCCUCUACGAUGAGAAGGAGGUCACGGAAGACGCUAUAGUCGAGGUGGCCGGGGUGAUUCCACCCAAGAAGGUGGACCGACUGAUGGACGCCUGCGCCAGUGGUUCGUUCUUCCGACUUCAGUCUGCCGUGACGGACAUGACGAUGGACGGCUACUCCUCUGCUUUGGUGCUGAGCCAAAUGCACGAUCGGAUUGUGGACGCGGCGCUCAGCAACAAGCAGAAGGCGGAGAUCAUGAAGAGACUCGCGGCGGCGGAUCAGGCGCUCGUGGACAGUGCAGAUGAAUUCCUUCAGCUGUUUGACGUCUGCGCCUUCAUGAUGCGAGUCUAUGGCCUCAAGGAUUAG